UUUUGACUUCCGGUAAGGUGCGUGCACUGUCGUCCGCCGCAACGACAGUGUCCGCCUGACGGCUCGGUUUUUUUUAUUUAAUUUAGUUUUAUUUUUUGGCGUGUGUCGUUUUGAAGAUCGCAGUUGCGUUUGUUUUGGUUCGCACUCCCGUUAGUAGCGCCAGUGUUUUGUUGCCUGAUGUUUGGUGUCGAGGGCAAAUAAAAGUGACAAUGAAUCUUGUCAAGCGCGAGCACGACGUACGGGAUGACCUUUGAGGCGGGCGGCCCUCCCCUGAAGGACACCUUCAAGAUGAUGAGCGACAUGAUCCUACUGUGCACCACUUUGGCACUUUCCCUCUUCUUCUGGAUGCUUUCCCUCACACUCAGCAUAUAUUCCGGGUCGUUGCAGCCCGUGUCGCCAUGGCGAUGGCUCUUCUCCAUCUUGGUCCCGGUGGUGCUGACCAUCCGAGCCCUGAAGAGACGCAGUCUGGAUGCAUCGGGGGCGCUGGGAGCACUUUUUGUGGGCUUCGUGCUGACCAUGGCCAACUUGAGUUUCUUCUCGGCGCUGCUGGCCUUCUUCGUCACAUCGUCCAAACUGACGCGCUGGGGCGCGGCGCAGAAGAAAAAGAUGGACGCCGACUUCAAGGAAGGCGGCCAGCGAAACUGGGUGCAGGUGUUCUGCAACGGCGGCGUUCCCACGCAGCUGGCGCUGCUCUACAUGAUCGAGGUGGGCCCCGGCGAGAUGGCCAUCGACUUUGGCCGGCAGUACACAGCAUCGUGGAUGUGCCUGUCGCUUCUGGGGGCGCUGGCGUGCAGCGCGGGUGACACCUGGGCCUCCGAGGUGGGGCCCGUCCUCAGCCCGUCGCGGCCCAGGCUCAUCACCACCUGGCAGGAGGUCCCCGAAGGAACCAACGGCGGCGUGACUCACGUGGGCCUGGCGGCCAGCUUCCUGGGCGGUCUGGCAGUGGGUGGGGCGUACUUGGCCUCACAGGUGCUGUUCUUGAGCGAGCUUCAGCAGUGCGCCCCCCAGUGGCCGCUGGUGUUGUACGGGGGCGCGGCCGGCCUGCUGGGCUCCCUCCUGGACUCCCUCCUGGGAGCCAGCGUGCAGUACUCGGGUUUCGAUGCCAGCAUCGGGAAGGUGGUGAGCUACGAGUCGCCCACGACGCACUGGAUCAGCGGCAGACCCAUCCUGGACAACAAUGCCGUCAACCUCUUCUCGUCCGUCCUGGUGGCGCUCGUGCUGCCCGGGAUGGCCUGGGGCUUGUGGCCGCACUAGGGAGACAUUUUGUUGACAAUGACAAACAAACGAAGACCAUAAAAUAUAUUUAUACACUUCUCCAGGAGAAACAGAACUAUUCUAUUUCCGACUUAAUUUGUGCCGUUUUGUGGAUAGAAAUCAAGCGCCGAAGCACAGAUGGGAUUACAACGACAAAACAUUUACAAAACAAUCAUGUCUUGAGGUACAAGUUUAAUUUGCUCCGUGACCAUCCUCGCACAAGUCAACUUAACUCACAGAAAUGAAUAGAAUGCCAUGAAUCUGUUCCAGG